CCUGUCACCAUGUCCUACAACUGCUGCUCUGGAAACUUCUCCUCUCAGUCCCUUGGGGGGUUCCUGCGCUACCCAGGAUCUUCUUGUGUCUCUCUCUCCCCCAACAACCUGGUCUACAGCACUGAUCUCCGCUCUCCCAGCACCUGCCAGCUGGGCUCCUCCCUCUACAGCGGCUUCCAGGACACCUGCUGCGAGCCCACCAGCUGCCGGAAGUCCUACCUGGUGUCCAGCCCCUGCCACGUGUCCUGCUACCGACCAGGGACCUCCAUGUUUUACAGUCCCUGCCAGACGAUGUACUCUGGGUCUCUGGGCUUUGGAUCCAAUGGCUUUCAAUCUUUUGGUUAUGGCUUUCCCUCUCUGGGCUUUGGAUCCAGUGGUUUCCAGUCAAUGGGCUGUGGUCCCAAUGCUUUUUCAUCCCUGAGUUGUAGAUCGAGCUUUUAUCGUCCGAUCUCCUUCUCUUCUAGAAGUUGCCAGCCUGCUUUUUACCAACCAACCUGUGGAUCCAGCUUCUACUAA